AUGAUGACGCUAGCCUUGAAAAGCUUCGAUUUUGUCGAAUUUGCGAGUACAAGCGAGUGGAUCGUGGAUGACGUUACCUAUAAAGUUGGAAUGGUCAAUGAUGCGACAUAUGUCGAACCCUAUGAAUAUGGUGGCUUCUACCUACAUCUACGACGUCGUCCGCACUUCUACCUCUACGUCAUUGUCAUCCCUUAUAUGGACCGAAUUUUGCGUGGUGUUAUCAAGUAUCGGCAGACCGUUCGAAAGGAUUUGGUCAAACAAUUUGAGAAGAUUCGCGAUAAUCCUAAUCCGCUAGCAGUGAUGUUCACUUGUAUGGAUUCGCGUAUGUUGCCGACUCGAUUUACCCAGGCUGCGGUUGGGGAUAUGUUUGUCGUCAGGAAUGCCGGGAAUAUUGUGCCCGAUGCACAGAAUUAUGGCCACCACUCGGAAGUGUCAGUAACGACAGAACCAGCCGCAUUGGAAUUGGCAGUGAAGAGAGGAGGGAUCAAGCACGUGCUCGUUUGCGGGCAUAGCGAUUGUAAAGCAAUGAAUCUGCUCUACGAUUUGCACGUUUGCCCGAAAGAAUUCAGUGCGGCCUCGCCGAUGGACAGUUGGGUGCGGAAGAAUGGAUAUAAAAGUAUACAGCGAUUAAACGACCGUCUCCACAAUGGUCCUCGAGCGAUGAAAUUCUCGUCGGACGUCUCUCCUAGCCAAACUUUUGAAGCGAUUAUCGAUCCGUUUGAUAAACUCCACGUUCAUGAUAAGCUAUCACAGAUCAACGUCCUCCAGCAAAUCAUCAACAUUGCUUCUCAUGAAUUUUUGAAGGAAUAUUUGGAGAGCGGAAAACUCUUCCUGCACGGAAUGUGGUUCGACAUCUACUCGGGGAAUAACUAUUUGUUCAGCAAGGAUGAUAGGAGAUAUGUUUCUAUUGAGGAAAACACGGUCGAAAAACUGAUGGCCGAGCUGGAGAAACGUCACAAGCUUGGUCGUGGUGCUUUCGGCGAGGUAUCUCGUGAAUCGAUAGAUGGAAGGAUUGUGGCUGUGAAACGACUGCAUAAUUCUCCUCAUCCCACCCACCUCCGCCGUGAAAUCGAAAUUCUUGAAAGUCUUCGCCAUCCUAAUAUUGUGGAAUAUAUCAAAUAUGAAGAAGGCGUUGGAGGUCAACCAGGAAAUAUUGUCACUGAAUAUUGCGAACAUGGAGACUUAAAGACAUUCAUAAAAAACCCGGAAAAGAGCUAUUCGAUUUCUGUUGUGGUCGAUUGGGCAUGUGAAAUAUUUGAGGCAUUGCUCCAUCUCGAGAGAAAAGAGAUCUUCCAUCGCGAUAUCAAACCUUCGAACAUGCUGCUGGGUAAUUCGUAUGAAAUCAAACUCUGCGACUUUGGCCUGUCAAAAGCGGAGCUUGCAAAUAAUUCCUGUUACGGAGUUAUCGGUACCAUUCGAUACCUAGCACCAGAAGUGUUUACCGACCAUAACAAUCAGCAAAUCUAUACGUAUGCAAGUGAUCUCUAUUCUGCCGGUCUGGUUCUCUGGGAAUGUAUCGAAAGACGUGUUGUCUUUCAUGAAAUUGCCGACGAUGAGAUGCUCCGGUCGCGUAUUUGUUCGGGGAAGUCGUUAGAAAGAUUAAAUUGUCUAGCCCCUGUUGCUGAUUUGAUAGAUAAAUGUGCUCAACGUUUGCCAGAGGAUCGACCCAGUGCGGCGAAAGCACGCAAAGAAGCAAGGCUCUUAAAAAAGGAGCCGUUUUAUCGAAUGUUCGACAAAUGGCCGAAUCAUACUAUAGCCGUCCCAGAAAAUAAUGUACGAUUGUCGGUCGACGGUAGAUGGGGAGAACGGCCAGAAGAAGAAAAAACACCCUGGUAUGCACGAAAAUAUCGUUGUACACGAUUUCGGCCACUUGCUGACCAACUGGCAAAUUUCUUUCCGAUGGAGAUCGCCGCCCUCACGGCUAAAGAACAGCAUCUGAUGGGCGCAAUAAGAGCUGCCAGUAACUGCGAAGAUCUUGAGCAAAUGCUUGAUGACGGCCAAAUCGGGCGCGCAUCAGAAAUUGAUGUUCAAUCAGAAGCCGAAAUGCAUAAGAUAUCCCCGAUGUCAGAGAUUGAUUAUAAUGAGCUCACAUCUUCUGAUGAACUUCGGAAAAUUGUCGACAAAAUAGAAAAGGGCAAAGAAGAGACAGUGGAUGAUAUAGAGAAAUGGGUAAAGAAAGUGAUCAAGGCUAAGCUACUUCCAGAAGAAUUUACCUCCGAACAUGGAUUUCGUCUCGAGUUCCGAGACCUGCUUGAUCGGUUGCGCCAUGAGCAUGAAUUUGUGAAGGGAAAAACGGAUCUUCACGAGCUGUAUUGUGCCUUUAUUGAGAGGAUAGGUGACCGACCACUUCUACAUACUUCCUUCUCUUCUGCCCAAUCUUCUGAUAUCAGCGUGAUGCUAAAUAUCCUUCAUACUCCAAUAUUCCGUGGAGUGUUGUCGAGAACCGAAUGCGAGUUUGAACUUCACGGCAAUAAGGAAUAUCCAUCCGAGAUGGAUGUUUAUGAAUGUGCCGGUGUAUGGAAACACCUAAGGUUGUGUGGUGAUCAUCGGAGAAAGGAUGGGAUCAACUGCUCAUCAUUUGUCAUUCGAAGUAUACAGAAACUUUUGAAUGGAGGGACAUCAGGGGGUCAGGGAUUAUUCAUCCACCGUGGCCCCUGGCAUUUCCCAUUUAUCGGUGAUAGACAGAUGGAUUUUGAGGAGAAAUAUAAUGUUCGAAUUGCGUUGAUUACGUUGGGAGGAGACGAGAGUGGAUCGAGAUGGUUCUGGAUCUUCGCUCGGGACAAGGACACAUUUAUCAAUACCAUUGAACAUCAAUUCCAGCCCGACGCAGCUCUAUGCCUUUGGUAUAAUUCGAACCGAGAGUUCAUAAUUUCCAUGGAUUUUCCCUACAGUAUGCAUAAAUACGAGCAAAUGCAGUUGGGAAUCAUUCCAAAAGAUGAGACAAUGAAACGAAUUUAC